GGGGGAGGUUCCUGAAGUCGCGUUGGAUACCUCGUCCCGCGGCGUCGGCGCUUGCUGUGCGCGUCAUUUCCGGCGGCGCGGAAUCGAGUGGCCAACGUCUUGCGCAGCAACAUGCCUAAGUUUUAUUGUGACUACUGCGAUACAUAUCUCACUCAUGACUCUCCAUCUGUGAGAAAGACACACUGCAGUGGUAGGAAACACAAAGAGAAUGUGAAAGACUACUAUCAGAAAUGGAUGGAAGAGCAGGCUCAGAGUCUGAUUGACAAAACAACCGCAGCAUUUCAGCAAGGAAAGAUACCUCCUACUCCAUUCUCUGCUCCUCCUCCUGCGGGGGCAAUGAUCCCACCUCCCCCCAGCCUCCCCGGUCCUCCUCGUCCAGGUAUGAUGCCAGCACCCCACAUGGGGGGCCCUCCCAUGAUGCCGAUGAUGGGCCCGCCUCCUCCUGGGAUGAUGCCUGUGGGACCUGGUUCUCAGCAUGGGCCUCCUGCUCACCUUUCCUACAGCUCCGAACAAACGCUUAGUGCUCCUGGAAUGAGGCCGCCCAUGGGAGGCCACAUGCCAAUGAUGCCAGGGCCCCCCAUGAUGAGACCUCCCGCCCGUCCCAUGAUGGUACCCACCCGGCCAGGAAUGACUCGACCAGACAGAUAAGGGAAGAGGGGAGCCUCUUUCUAACAGUUCUAUAUAACUUGUUCUAUUUCGCCAGGAGAUCAUGGUGCUGGGACUCUGGGUGUUUCCAAACAGCAUGACAAGGAAUACUCGCCCCCCUUUCCUAUCAAAGAGAAUAGUUUUGGAGGGUGUAGUGGGACAGGGAAAGCAAUUUUCAUUUGUAUUGUGAAAUGUGAAAAUAAAAUUGUCAACUUUUAGUUAAACACGUGUUCCCUUUUUUCUCCCCACUGAAUUUUUUGUGUAUUUUAAAGGAGAUGAAGCAUUUCCAUUAUGUUUCUCUAGAUCAUUCUCUCCUCAGCAUGCCCUCUGCAUGACAUUCUUUUUCCUUAGCUAUAUAGAGUGGGUCCCUUUGGGCACCCUGCCUUUAUUUAGUAAAUUUCUCUUGUGCAAGACUUUGGUAAAACUAACACUUGUAGAGCUUUUGUUGAUUAAAUAAACAGCACAGUUGGUUAAUAUUUCACAUGAAUAAUACUUUGUGUAGUAAGUGGAAAAUUUUAAGCCUUUUAUGCUGAAUUAGGAAAAAAGACUUCACAAUGCAUGCAUGUCAGCUAAGAAUGGCAAGAGUUGCCUUAACCUCAGCUUCUCCUUUCUCUCAGCUCCUCUUUUUCUUGGACUUCAAAUAGAAAGCUUUCUAAUAGCAAUGGUAAAAUUACUCAGAUUUCCAUGGUACAGAAGGUUUCUUCAGAAUAUUUGUUAUAUCACCAGGCUAUAAAAGUAGGAUAUUUGCAGGGAAGCAUCUAGAAAGUAAGCUGUUGGAACUGUUCAUAUUCAGCUCAUUAUAAAAUCGAAACUAUUUCACAUUGCAGGUGGGAGUGAAAAUUGUUAUAACGUCUGGGGAGGGCAAUUUGACAGUAUCUAUCAGAAUUACAAUACCUAUAUAUCCUUUGACUUAGCAUUUCCAUGUCUAGAAAUUUAUCCUACAAAUAGAAUUGCACAUGUACGAGGCAACACGUGUACAUGACUAUACUUUGCAGCAAAAGACUGGACAUAACAGAUGUCCAGUGAAAGGGGACUGAUUUGUCAAAUAUGCUACAGCCACAAAGUGGCAUCUACCAUGCUGGUUAAAACAGAAUAAGGAAGCUCAAUGUAUUGCUGGGGAAAGACCUCCAGGAUACACCUUGUUUGCACCUUGGUUUGUUCACACAACAAGGUAUUGUUUGCUGCUCUCCUUUUUCCAAGGAAAUAUUUAUAUAUGCCUUUGUAGGUAUAAAGGAUCUCUGGAAGGACAGAUAAGCAACUGGUAAUAUGUAUUGCCCCUGAAGAGCAAAUGGGUAGCUGGAGGACAGGGAUGAAGGAGAAAGACUGGUCACCUUGUGCCUUUUAGACUUCGAAUCAUCUGUUUUAGAACAAAACAAAACAAACCACCUUUGCCAUCUGAGGUUCUUGUUACAGUGAUGCUGUGGCAGAGGGUAUCCUAAACCAGCACUUUACCACCUGGCUGAUGAUCAGAAUCAUAGGGGACCCUCUGCAAAAUAAAGAUUCCAGAUUUUUGAUUCAAUAUCUCUGGAAUGGGGCUUAUGAAAUUUGCAUUUUGGGAAAGCUUUUUAGGACAUUUUGAUUAUUAGUGGGUUUGGCAAACUGUCUUAGGAUCUGGUCUACUCAAGAAUGUAACACUGUGUGUAUGUCUAUAGUUUUUUAUAGAUUUGUAGCUAGAAAUAGAAAUAGCAAUAGGUGGGUUGCUUAUUUCCCCCUAGAAACUUGUGAAUAUUUUGAAGAGGAGCUAAUUUAGCAAAUAAAUGAUCUUAUCUAAGUAAAUGAGAGGUUAGAAAUAGAGGACCUGACCAGGAGAGAAUCUCCAUGCUCAGGCUCUGUGUAAGUUUGAGUCAACUUGCUAGUCUGAACCUUUGUGGGAACUACUACCUGCUUUUAGUUUCUCGUUGUCACAUCUUUUAAAGAAAGACUUAAGUCUCAGAAAUUGAUAGUUUACAUGUCUGGAUUUAUAGCUCAGAUUUGUUAUUAAAAUCUGCACACUGAAGAGUUAGGGUAAGCUGUUACCAACUGAGCUUACCUGUGACUCAGCAAGUUUCUGGUCUGGAUGGCUCUGUCAGGCUGAGGGUGAGGAGAGCGCCUUUUGUGUAUAAUAAAUAGCCUCAGGUACUUAAGAACAAGCCUGGUCUUCCUAAAAUGAAGCUUUUUCCAAAGUAUGUAAGAAUUUGUAUAGGUGUAAUCAAGAAUACUAGUAGAUAGCAAGAAUUGAAGUUGGUGUAAAUGGAGGGUCACGUGCUGGCUUCCUUUUCUUGGGCAGAUCCAAAGCCAUAGGACGUGCAGUUCAAGUCCACGCUGUCAUCCCCACUGCCAUGGCUUCCAUGGUUUGUCAGGAUGCCAGUGCCCUUGAGUCCAAGCUGCAUGAGAAAUGGGAUCCUUGCAGAGAGCCACAGGCUAAUUUGGUCAUCCUGUAUGGAAAAAGUCCAGUGGUGAUUAAGUGUUUGUCCCAAUUACAUAGCUUCAGUCAGAUGGUAUCUUUUAGGUUCCAAGACAACAUUUGGUGAACAGAAAAAAGCCUGGCCUGCCUGAGGUUUCUCUGACAGAAGUGUCCUGAAGGCUGGCCUGGUAUAUUGGUUUUCAUGAAAACCUUGAUAAAUGUUAACUAAUUGAAGUCAUUUCUUCCCCUCCCAAUUGAAAGCUUACAGGUUAGACUUUUGGACACAGAAUCAAAUAUAGCAUAUAGAAUAGUUCAUCAGACAAGAGCAGGAAUAAAAUAAUCUGAAUGUUAACUUAUUGUCCUUGCUCUUUAGGGGUGGGGAGAGGAGUGGAUUUCAAACUCACAGAAAAGUUGCAAGAACUGUACAAAGAACACUUACAUACCCUUUGACCAGAAUCACCUAUUGUUAGCUGUUAGCAUUUCACCACAUGUACUUUGUUUGCUCACUUGCUCUCUCUGGAUAUACGUAUAUAUUUUUCUGAGCCAUUUGAGAAUAAGUUGCUAUAUCAUGCCCUUUGUCAUAAAUACUUGAGGUGUAUUUCCUAAGAAUAAGUACAUCCUCUUACACAACCAUGGUUAUCAAGCUCAGGAAACAUAAAUCUACCAACCAUAUUUCAUUUUUAUCCGUUAAUCCAACAUUGUCCUUGCAUUGUUUUUUCCUGUCCUGUACAGAAUCCUCUCUAGGAUCAUGUACUUUUUGGUCAAGUCUCCUUCGCCUCCUUUAAUCUAGAACCGAUCCUUAGCCUUUCUUUGUAUUUUUUGACACUGACAAUCUCACCACCUUUUGUUUAAUAGAAUGUUCUUCAUUCCUCGUUUGUCUGAUGUUUCCUCCUGAUUUCAUUCUGGUACAUGUCCUCAGCUGUGUCCCCAGGAUAUCACAUCUGUAGGCAGGCACACAGGGUCCAUCUAUCUGCCCCUGUUGGUGAUAGUAAUUUUGAUCACCUAUUAAGGUGAUUAUCUAGUUUCUCCAUACUUGUUCCUUUUGAAACAGUAUCUUUCCCCAGCUGGCAAUUAAGAAAAGCCCGUUGACUUCUGGCCUCAUUUAAUGGUAAGACUUUGAACACAGCAUAGGAAGCCAAGAUCUCAAAGCUUUUUGUAAGUACUUAAUCAGCUUUCACAGUGACUGAGAAAAAGGUCUCCUAAUCCUUCCCUCCUUUUGUUUGCCUGUACUUCACAUCCUAGUACUUUUGGGGGAUGGUUGUUGAAAGAAUAGAGAAGUAAAGGUAGGACAAAGAAUUUUAUCUCUAUAUUCAAAUGCCACAUUUCCCCCCUCUUCACCACUUUUAUCUCAGCUUCUGCUGGUAGAGUGAAGCACGUAAAGAGGGACAAAAAGAAGAGUAAUACAAUAAAGCCUAGAGUGGCAGACAUUACUCAUUGCCCACCCCAGUAUUUAUUACUAUCAAAAAUAAUAGAAUCCCAGGGGUGGCCGGUUAGCUCAGUCGGUUAGAGCAUGGUGCUGAUAACACCAAGGUUGCUGGUUCAAUUCCAGCAUGGGCCACUGUGGGCAUGGGCGCCCUCCUUAAAACAGAAAAAACAA